GUGCCACCGUCUUUCUGAAGGGUGACGUCGAGGGCGCGGAGGUGGACUUGCUUCGAGGCCUCGAUGACGAGCAUUGGGCCUGGGUCUGUGGCUUAGCGAUCGAGGCGGCGGAGACCAAGGAUGAGCUGAUAGAGCUGUGCAAGCAGCACGGGCUUGAGAAGCUUCACGCACUGAAGCAACCAAGUCCGGAAGGAGACACCUCCCGCACAGACACCGAGGUCCUGCACAUGGUCUUCGCUGCGCGUGAGUGA